AUGGCAGUAUCGUCUGGAAUGACUCUUGGAAAAGAAGGCCCAUUUGUUCAUAUAGCAUGUUGUGUUGGCAAUGUGAUAAGUAGAUUAUUCCAUAAAUAUAAUAAAAAUGAAGGGAAAAGAAGAGAAAUAUUAUCUGCAUCAGCUGCAGCUGGUGUAAGUGUAGCAUUUGCUGCACCAAUUGGUGGUGUAUUGUUUUCUUUGGAAGAAGUUAGUUAUUAUUUUCCAAGUAAAACUUUGUGUAGAAGUUUCUUUUGUGCAAUUGUAGCAGCCGUUUCUCUAAAGCUUAUAGAUCCAUUUGGCACUGGUAAAAUUGUAAUGUUUCAAGUAAAAUAUGAUAAAGACUGGCAUUUUUUUGAAAUUGGAUCAUUUCUAAUCCUUGGUAUAUUAGGUGGAUUAUUUGGAGCACUAUUAUGUAAAUGCAUUGUUUUAUACACCAAAUAUAUUAGAAAUGGCACCAGGCUUAAACAAUGGCCAAUAAUAGAAGUAGCAAUGGUUGUUAUUCUCACUUCAUCUCUUAAUUAUUUAAAUCCUUUUACAAAGUAA